AUGUUCUUUCCUGAAAAACAGGUUUAUAACAACUACAGCAAUAUAAAUGACGUUUAUGUAGUUAACCCGAUUGUAUUUGUUAAUAAUCAAAAAUUACCGAAUCAUGUAACGGCUAAUGAUUUAAAAAAUGCAAAUUGGACGUUAUGGCUAGGUAUAGCAUUUGUUGUACUUACAAUGGCAGUCACUUGGGUACUGAAUAUUUCAAUCAUGAAAUCUGUGUACAAAAAUAUGAUUAUGAAACAUAUCACAUAUUUUUACGUCAUUUCAAUCGGACUUGUUGGAAUGUUACAUUCGGUGGUAAAUUUCCCAGUGAACAUUAUAAGUGAUUUGAUUGGUGAAAAUGAAUAUAUUCAACAGUUCUGUUGUAUAUCAAUUGCUUCUGAGACAAUUGUUUGCCAUGCAGUGUUAUUGCAUCUUCUAGGAUCAAGUUUAGAUACAUACUUUCGACUAACAAAACCAAAAUGGUUUUCUAUUACAACAGAUACAUCAAAUAAAAAACAUUUAUUGGCUAUAUGUUUGAAAAUAGCUGCACCAUGGAUAGUGAGUAUAUUACAAACCGUUGCACAAAUUAUACUAAGUGAUCCAUUUCCACCUGCUUAUUUGGAAGAAGGAAGAUUGUGUACAUCACCGGAUAUUAAUUUCUUAAUACUACGAACAUUAGUUGCAUUUUUUCUACCUUUAUUAACUAGUAUAAUAAUUUUAUUUAUGACUGCUCAUCGAAUACAAACAUUACAAUAUCAACAAAAACUAAAUCACAAUGAAAUGAAUUCUUUUUAUAUUCAACAAGAAAAAUUUGCUAGUUCAGUAGUCAGCUCACAAGUGAAUAAGCAAUCAACCUGCUGCCUUAUUACUUCAUGUAUCAACAAACACUGUAAAUCACAUAAACAUAAAUUGGAAUUAAUCCCAUUAUCUUUUUCUAAUCAUCAUUGUUACUACGAUUAUAAGCAAAAAUGUAAUUCUUUAAGUAAAUUGGAAAAUUUACAAAUUGAAUAUAAAUAUUUUCAUACAAACGGAAAUAAUGAAUUCAAGAAAAAUCGAUAUUCAUGGAUAGAGAUUAAUCCAAAUGCAGAUCAAGAGAUAAUUGAGUCGACGAAAAUUACCGAUGAAACUAUUGAUAAUCAAAACUGUAUAAAAAAAUAUUCCAAGUCACCAUCUCAUAAACAUUUAUUUUCAUUUAACUUGUUACAUAUGACACCAAUAUCAUCCUUACAAACAACAACAACAACAACAUCACAAUAUCAACAAGGAUCAAGUUCUUCUAAUGCUGGGAUUUCAAGUCAAACAACUGAGGUUACAGACGAAAUCAUACAUCAUAAUUGGUUUACACCAAAAAUAAACAAUUAUGAUAUUAUAACCAAUUAUCCAUCCAGUCCCAUUAUUAAUCAUGCUACUAACCAUGAGGAUAAUGAUUAUCCAUGGGAAGUAUUCAACAAUAAUCAUCAUCAUCAUCAUCUGAUGAAAGAAAUGUACGAUAAUAAUUGUCAAAAAAUUAUCAAACAUUUUUGCCCACAACAUGGUCAAGUAAUAAUACCAGAAUAUUUCUAUAAGCCUUUAUUAUCAGUUAUUGACGAAGUUGAAUUGGGACAAUUUGUUAACCAACGAACAAAUGAAUUAACGUUACAAAAUAAUGAUAUAAUUUCACAUAAUGAACAGAAUAAAAAUAAUAUAGUCGAUAUUAAGAAUGUUAAACUAACACAGUCAACAAAUAUGACUAAUACAUCAUCAUUUACCGAUCACAUAAUUUUUAAUAAAUUAAGUGAUCUAGAGAAGGACGAUCAUUCAAUAACUGAAAUAUGUAAACAAAAUAAUAUUUUAUCACAGUCUCGAUCAGAUAAUCAACAACAACAACAACAACAACAACAACAACAACAACAACAGCAAAAACAAGAGUCAUUGAAUCAAUGGAAUAGUAAUUCAUGGUCAAGUGGAACUUGUGAACACUUUCCUGAACAGAAAGCAGUAAAGCUUAAUAUGAUUUUAUGUGCUAUAACUAUAGCUAUGUGGUCACCAUUUAUUACUGCAACUCUUAGUCAUUUGGUACUGAGCAACUCAAGUUAUUUUCAUUGGUUAUCUAUUGGAACUUUAAUACAGUUUAAGUGGUUAGCUUACAUAAGUUCUAUAGUCUAUCCUGUCGGAUUUUUGCUGGUUGAUCCACAACUAUGCAGAGCUACAUUAUCACAAAUAUGUUGUUGUAAAUUAUAAAGACGUUUCUAAUUUGGUUAGCCUACUUCAAAACACUUCAAUACAAUUCCUCAUAACAUAGGAUAACAACUCAUGAACUGAGAAUGUUGAAGUUGAUCUGGGCUAUGGAGAUUUUCGUAAUAUUUCCCAAUUGGCAUUUUGUAAAUCUACAAAAAUGCAUUACUUCAACAAUAUUGCAUCAGAAAUCAUGAGUUUUAUUUAUAUACAAUUACCACCCAUAUUUUUGUGCUUUGUCUCUUUACAUUUAUUCCGAUAUUGACAGAGACCGUCAAUCACUUCAGAUUUAUUUGCUUACCUAUACUAUCAGAUUUCUGCAUAAUAUCUACCUGACCAUAGAAUGAAGAAAGAUUUCGGUUGAUGUAAUUAUCACUAUUGAAAAUCGAUGAAAAUAUUGUUAAAUGAAUAAGGUCAACUCCAGGGUACCAUAAAAAAUCCUUUACAUUAUCUCUCGUUUCUGCAUGGUUUUUUUUUACAACAAUCAAAAAAUUUAUGAUGAUAUCGAACAAUUUGUUUUUUAGAUUUUACAUGUAUAAAGUGUACGAAACAUCAUUAAAAAAAAAA